GCGCUGAUCCCUCCGCUCGGCCGCUCCGGACGGCCGGUCGCUCAGGACGGCCGCCCGCUCCCCAGAAGAAUCGGCCCCAAAGCCCCAGUCUUUAUAAGAGAGCACCUUAGGUGGAGAAUGAGUCGAUUCUGGGGGACUGCUUUUCUCUUUAGAGGGUGGGAGGCCUGCGAAAAGUAGUCCCUUCCCGGCUUUUUGCGGAAGAAUCCCCCGGGGCGGGGCUACCCAUGAAUAUAUAAGGAAGCGCCGGGUGUGGCGCAGGCAGUUCCAUCCGGACUGGGAGUUCAGGUUUCGUUCUUCUGUGUUCGGUGCUGUCACCACCACCAAUUGACAAUGCAGAUCUUUGUAAAGACCCUCACUGGUAAAACCAUCACUCUGGAGGUGGAGCCCAGUGACACCAUCGAGAAUGUCAAGGGGAAGAUACAAGAAAAAGAAGGCAUCCCCCCAGACCAGCAGAGGUUGAUCUUUGCGGGGAAACAGCUGGAAGAUGGGCGCACCCUGUCUGACUACAACAUCCAGAAAGAGUCCACUCUGCACCUGGUCCUCCGCCUCAGAGGUGGGAUGCAGAUCUUCGUGAAGACCCUGACCGGUAAGACCAUCACCCUGGAGGUGGAGCCCAGUGACACCAUCGAGAAUGUCAAGGCCAAGAUCCAAGACAAAGAGGGCAUCCCCCCAGACCAGCAGAGGUUGAUCUUUGCGGGGAAACAGCUGGAAGAUGGGCGCACCCUGUCUGACUACAACAUCCAGAAAGAGUCCACUCUGCACCUGGUCCUCCGCCUCAGAGGUGGGAUGCAGAUCUUCGUGAAGACCCUGACUGGUAAGACCAUCACCCUGGAGGUGGAGCCCAGUGACACCAUCGAGAAUGUCAAGGCCAAGAUCCAAGACAAAGAGGGCAUCCCCCCAGACCAGCAGAGGUUGAUCUUUGCGGGGAAACAGCUGGAAGAUGGGCGUACCCUGUCUGACUACAACAUCCAGAAAGAGUCCACUCUGCACUUGGUCCUGCGCUUGAGGGGAGGUGUUUUAAGUUCUCCCUUUUAAGCUUUCGAUAAGUUACAUUGCACUUUUCUUUCAAUAAAGUUGUUGCAUUCCCAAA